AUAGAUCUUGUGUUAAUUACAUUGUGGUAAUGUUAUCUUACGUACGUAGAGUCAGUAGAGUCAUUUAUGAACGCAGUUCGACACACGACACACUAUCACUCGUCACUCGCCGACCCUCGUGUCACUUUAACAAGCUUGAGUCAUGCAGACUGACGCAAUGAUCACAGAGCACGGUAGCGAGGAAAUGCAAGGAAUGGAGGUGCCCACGCAGACGACUUACAGCACAGAUAUUCCGAGUUUGGACUCUCAUACUAUGAAAAUUAGAGCCUUAGAAGACCAGCUGACCCAGCAAAGAAUGGAUACUACUACUCUCACUAUGGAACUUGCACUGCUCCAUGAUGCCCCUAUGCGUGAGCUGCUCGCCCUUUGCACUCAAGGAUGCAAGUGGGUUUCGAAAAAGAUUGAAGAGUAUAAAAUACUCUUUGACCAGUUAUCACCCGAAAUCAGAUCAGGCUUUCAACAUGAUUAUGAUAAUCCUUUAAAAAACUCUUCACAAUCGAUUUCAUUGGAAGAUCCCUCAAAUCCACCAGGAGAUCACGAUCUUAACUCCUUGAACCUCAACGUCUAAGCACAUAUCUAUUAUCACCUAGCAAACAUGGGACUUGCCUGCAUAUGAAACCACAACACACUAAUAUCCUUAUACCUCAGGAACUCUGUGAGCUAAAUUAGAAUAUUACAUUUGA